CUGUUCCAACUUGUCAGUCAACUCAUGCCAGCACUCUCCACGUCUGCCUCUUCUACACACCCUCAUUACAUGUGUCUGUCUGGACUGAUCUGCUCAUCUGUUCAGGGAGUCUCCUGACAAGUCAAAAAUUCUGCCUUCUCUCUGCUCUGGAAUUGGAUCAAAUCACUUCAGCUUUUUUUGUAGCCCCACCAGGAGGCUUUUUGCUUAUGGUCUUAUUCUGUUUUCCUUCACUACUUGUCUGUUUUUGAUUUCUAGAAUGGAGGAAGCCGAAUUGCUGAAAGAAAGAUUCCAGGCCAUAACAGACAAAAGAAAACUGCAAGAAGAAAUUACACAGAAACGUCGAAAAGUGGAAGAGGAAAAAAUGAAACAUCAACAUUUAAAGAAAAAGGCCUUGCGAGAAAAAUGGCUCUUGGAUGGCCUUAGUUCUCUCACUCCAAAAGAGCAAGAAGAAAUGCAAAAGCAGAAUCAGGAGGACCAACAACGGACUGAUGAGCUGGAACAAGACAUUUUCAGACUGGAGAAGGAAAUUGAGGCUCUGGAAAGAGAGGAAAUGGAAGUCUCAGCUAAGGAAGAAGCAAUUUUAAAGAAACUUAAGUCUGUUGAGAAAACAACAGAAGACAUAAUAAAGUCUGUGAAGACUGAAAAAGCAGGAGUUGCAAAAGAGGCAGCAGACUACAUAUACACCAGCAUACCUGACCUUCCCAAGUAUUUCAGGCCUUCCGCACUGAGAAGUACUGCACAUGCUGCCACUGAUGAUGAAGAAAAGAGAAAAGCAUUGUUUGCCAUGGAAAUUAAAGUUGAAAAAGACAUGAAGACAGGAGAAAACACAGUGUUAUCAACAAUACCUCUUCCCUCAAAGGAGUUUAAAGAGACAGGGAUUAAAGUGUAUGAUGAUGGCAGGAAGUCAGUCUAUGCAGUGUCCUCAAAUGGCAGUACAACACAAAAUGGCAUGGAUGAACUUGCUCCUGUUGAGGUGGAGGACCUGCUACGGCAGGCAACUGAAAAAAAUUCCCAGUCUCCCACAGAGUACCAUGAGCCUGUGUUUGCAAACAAAUUUUGCAGGCCAGUUACUCCUCAGAAAGACAAAUUAGUCCCUGGACCAAAACUGGAAGACACUCACAGAAGAGAGAUUAAUGGAUUUAGUAAUCAUCAGACAGAAUUCUCCUCUAAAACAGAGCCCUUUAUGCAGCAACAUAAAGAGAAUGGGCUUGAUCUUCCAAAGGUAAUGCAGCCAAAGUCUGCCUCUCCAGUACUUUCCCAUUCAGAGAAGACAGCGCACACUAAUCCUGAGAACAGGAUGGCACAUAAUGAAGAAAGAAAAGCUGUGUAUGAGGAAUUAAAACCUUACCAGAAUACAAGAGAAAGACAUAAUGAGACAAGGUUAAGUCCCUGCCAUCUUAAUGAAAUAUCCCCUGCACCUCAAGAUGAGGAAGAUGUUCAAUACAGCAUUGUCCAAGCUGUACCAUGUUACGUGGAUGAUUCUGAACCAGUAACAAUGAUUUUCAUGGGUUAUCAGCGCAUUGAUGAUGACGAUGCAGAAGCAGACCAAAAGUUGUCACGAUAUGAUGGGGUUAUCCGCGCAGAAUUAGUUAUCAUUGAUGACGAUGAUGAUGACAGCAAAUCUGAGAAACCAGCAUAUCAUCCCAUAGGCCACUAUAGUCAGGUUUAUCAGCCACCGAGCAGGAAAGUCACAGAAGUCCCACAGACGAACCCUGUGAGCAGUCUGGGUGCGAGCCUGAACAAGGUACCCCACAAAAAUUCCAUCUCCUUGCGAGAACAAGAGGAACGCUUAAGCUCACCAACACACCGUGCUCUUCUUCACAGCCAGGUAUCUGGUGAUGGUACAGAAGAUCCCUCACUAACAGCUCUGAGGAUGAGAAUGGCAAAGCUGGGGAAAAAGGUGAUUUAACAGUUGUAAUGACGUGGAAGUAAAAUUUACUAUUCAAAGCAGAAUAAAGCUAAGAAGAGUUUCUUCAACACA